CAUAGACCUAUUGAUAUGUCUAGAUCAUUUGUUGCAAGUGUUCAAGUCAAUAUCAUUCUUUACCGUCCGCUGCCAUUCAGUAUGAGCACUAGACCCGGCGUACGUGUAGUACUGUAUAAUCAACGUGUGUUCUGUAGCGACCGUACACGUAUGGCGAUGAUCCAUGAAGCUUAGCAGUGUAAAAUACACUGUUUCCCGGAAUUCAAUACAAGUUGAUCAACAAUUCUUUGAAAGUUUCAGACGUAAUUUCUAUCUAUAGAGAACAGCAUGUAUGCACUUGGCAGAGUAUUCGAGCUAAGCGAGGAUAUCAUUGUAGUUACAGAUACAGAAGCAGACGACUGGAUUAUUCUAGUAGCUGGGUUUGGGAUUUCCCACCUGGGAUUUCCUCUUCCACUUUCCACUUGGUUCGAGGUAUCUGCAUCAGAGUUGAUUGUAACAACACUCCAGCCUCCCCUGCAUAUGGCGGUAACAUGCUAAAGAGACCUAGUCAAGUAUGAUACAGAACAGAGUACACCUCCCAACAACUGAUAUGGCCCACUGCGAUGGCCGUGGUGAUGGAGUAGAAAGUUCAACGACACAACAGAUUGGAAACCCGGUAGAGCAUGACAAAGAUGCAUCCAAAACAUAUCAGGUGAAUAAAACUGAUGAAAUAACUAGUGUUGGGGACAAAAGUUGGAUAGUGUUGCAAGCGGAAGACAUUACUGCAGAAAAAGAUCAAAGUAAUUCAUAUCAAUGUUUCAUAGGAAGCAAUGAGGACUACUCGUUAGGAGAGUGUCUCCUAACACAAAACAGUACACAAGGAUUGCCCUCGUCAGAAUUAAACGCUAUGCCCUAUCCGUUUAUAGAUAGUGAAGUAACAGAUGUGAAGGAAGUGAUAGGCACAGCUAGUGGACAACAUCAUAAUGUGCUUGCUCCCAGUGACCUGAGCUCGUCCCGUGGAUCUGUGUCUGUGUGCUCAACACAACCUGACUACUACUGCGAUGUGUGCGAAUUAAUAGAUUUAGCGCUCCCUUCCCAGGAUUCUAUCGACUUCUGGAGAAAAGUACCACGCAAGGGUUUGGAUGAGACCGGCUGUCAUAUCAAGUUCCUGGAAAAAUUCAUUGUAACUUUGAAAGAAUUUUCAAAAGCCGAAAAAUUACUUGCUGAUACCAAAGUCAUUAAUCUGCUGAAAAGGCUACUAAAGGUCGACCUAGCAGAUGAAACAGCAGUGGUUGAGUAUAAGAACUUUGCACGUCUAGUGAAAUAUUUAGGACCAGUGAGGCCCAAUGAUUGUGUCAUGGUUCAACAGAUUAGAUGUAUCAAGGAGGCCAGCAUAGCGAAGGAUAGACGUAGUAAAGAAAAAAUAAGCUGGUUCGCCGGUGAGAUGUCAAGAAAAGAAGCAGAAGGCCUGCUAAAUGAGAAGAGCCCCGGGACCUAUCUCGUCAGAAUGAGCCAGACCGUUGUUGGUGCUUUUGUUAUAUCAGUAAAACACGGGGAUAGUGUAGUGCACGUGGAGGUGUCAGGCGAUUACAGAAAUGCUAUAACCACAGCCACGUAUAACGCCCGGCUUAGUCUCAAUGGUAAUACAUACACUAGUCUCGUGGAGGCCGUAAACUCGCUGAGGACUAAUCCUCUAAAGAUCAUUGAGGACGCCGAGGAGGAAGAUAGAGAUAGUGUGGGAGAGGAUGACGGGCACGGGGGAGAGAGGAAUGAGAUAGGAGAGCGGAGUAGUGAUGACAUUUUUUGUAGGUUCUGCUGUCCAGACUUACCCCUUAAUGGUGUCAUAUCUGGGUAUAAAAAGACACCAUCUCGACGCUGAGAACAAUGCUGCAGGUUAUACGGAAUAAAACAAGGAUUAGUCUUAAAAAACUCAACUAUACAAACUGGUGUUGCUUCAGGAUUUGACUAGAUAGUUAAUGUUACGUAUUUACGUUCUGACCAGAAUAUUUCAUGAUAUAGCCUCAGAAUAGUUGUAUUACGGUAAAAAGAUAAUGAAAUAGUUCCGACACAAACUUAUAAUAGAGAUGGUUAAAAGUUUGGUAAUGACCUAGUCGUUACCUGUGUGGAUUUAGAUGGUCCUUUUGGUUUGGUCUGUAUGGUGAUGACUUAGUCGUGACCUGUGUGGAUUAAGAUGGAUCUUUUGGUUUGGUUUGUAUGGUGAUGACCUAGCCGUGACCUGUGUGGAUUAAUUUUUACACUGUGAUGUAUUUAUCCGCGCGCUAACUGUUUGAAAUUGACAAUUUGCUUUAUAAACGUUCUCUUUUGUCGUUAUAUGUUUAGUUUUGAUGUUGUUAGAUAUUUGAUGUUGUAGAUAAAAUGUAAUCUACAUUGUGAAUUACGUUGUAAUCUAUGUAAGGACGGAUUACGUUUUUACGCGGAAGCAUUCAAAUGUAGCUUAAGUAGUGAAGAG